CAAGUCUUUACGGACACCACCCAACAUGUUGAUUGUGAAUCUUGCCAUCAGUGACUUUGGAAUGGUCAUUACCAACUUUCCUCUAAUGUUUGCUUCAACUAUAUACAAUAGAUGGCUCUUCGGGGAUAUAGGUUGUCAGUUUUACGCCUUCUGUGGAGCUCUGUUUGGUAUUAUGUCCAUUGCCAAUAUGACUGCAAUCGCACUGGACAGAUACUACGUGAUCUGUUGGUCUCUGGAGGCGGUUCGUUCGGUGACCCAUCGACGGUCUAUGAUCAUCAUUCUCAUAGUGUGGGCUUAUGCAAUCUUCUGGUCCAUUCCACCGUUCUUCGGCGUAGGUUCCUACGUCCUGGAGGGCUACGGUCUCGGCUGCACCUUCGAUUUCAUGACGCAUGAUCUCAACCAUUACCUCCACGUUAGUUUCCUCUUCGCCAGCAGCUUCGUCGUGCCAGUCGCCAUCAUCGUCGCCUGCUUCACCCGGAUAGCCGUCACGGUGAGGAAGCAUCGGCACGAGCUAAACAAGAUGCGGACACGACUCACCGAAGACAAGGACAAGAAGCAGAAGUCGUCCAUCCGUCGCGCCGACAAGGCCAAGACCGAGUUCCAAAUCGCGAAGGUCGGGUUCCAAGUCACCAUCUUUUAUAUUCUCUCCUGGAUGCCUUAUUCUGUAGUCGCUGUCAUUGGUCAGUACUUCGACCCGGAUUUACUGUCACCGUUGGGAACGGUCGUGCCGGUUAUCUUCGCCAAGUGUUCGGCUAUCUGGAACCCGAUCAUCUAUUGUUUGUCGCACGAGAAGUUCAACGCGGCGUUGAAGGAGAAGCUCAUGGAGUUGUGUGGGAUGGAGCUUCCGUCGAAGCAUCGAAGUAUGGGGUCGCAGGAAUCUUCGGUUACCGGCCGACGGGGGAUGCAUCGCCAGAAUUCCUCGACGCUGUCAGAAUCCUCCGUCUCCAGCACGGUGGAGCAGGACGCCAUUGAGCUGAAGGACCGGAAGCAGGGUCCAGGUCCAGCGACCGUGAGGGUCCAGCAGGAGAGGGGGGAAACCGCGGGGACGUAUCGGAGGAACCCCGAGGAGGUCACCUUUUCCAAAGACACCGGAGCUGAAAUCGAAGAGAAGGGCAGGGGCGAUCAGGGCCAGCGUGACGAUAGAGUAAAGCAACAUGGAGAAGGGCAAAUGGAUCAGUGGAGCCAACCGCCCCCCGCUGCUCCUGGGGUCAAUGAUAAGGAAUACCUUACAAAAAUGUAGAAUAGGCCUGUCAUGUGAUUUGAAUAUUAUUCAUCGGGUGGUCUACAGUAAACAAAUAUAUCAGGCUUUGAGAAAGUAUAGUGGAAUUAUUUAUCCGAGGUUGGUCUGGCAAUUACUAUUUUUCCCGAGGGGC